GUUUCACAAGUUAUAAAGGUAUGUGUGAAAGGUUAACAGGCGUGUUUUAAAAAUACUGACAGCAGGCUAAGGAAAGAAUACUAGGUGUGUCAGAUGGAAACUUUGGUUGUGAGGGCACAAGAAAUCCCAAUGAGACAGCAGUUCUUGCGCUGUAUCAUCAAAAAUUAUUACGAAGAAAAAACGAAAGGAUGAUUUUUCGGCUAAUUGUGUGUGUUGCUGGGAUAUUACUUCUUAACAUAGCAGGCUGUCUCUGUCAGUUAAAUGUGUGUGGCCAAGCUCCUUUCAACAACAAGAUUGUUGGAGGGGAGGAAGCGACCACAGGGUCUUGGCCUUGGCAGGCCAGUAUUCGGUUAAUCGGUGGAGGUCAUUUCUGUGGUGGUAGUCUCAUCAAUAAAGACUGGGUCUUAUCUGCAGCUCACUGCUUCCAGAGCCAUGGUGCAUCUAGUAUUUCCGUCUCUUUGGGACGUCAGACCUUAUCAGGCUCAAACCCAGAUGCAAUAACUAAGACAGUAAGUCAAGUCAUCACUCAUUCCAGCUACAGCGCAAAUACCCAAAACAACGACAUAGCUCUCGUAAAGCUCUCGUCUUCUGUGACUUUCACCGAUUACAUACGACCUGUCUGUCUGGCUGCUAGUGGUAGCACAAUUGAUGCAGGAGCUAAGACCUGGAUCACAGGAUGGGGAACACUCAAUGCAGGAGAUUCCUCGCUUCCAGACACACUGCAGGAGGUACAGAUACCGACUGUGAGCAACACUGAUUGUAAUAAGGCUUAUGGUAUUAUUACAAGCAACAUGCUGUGUGCUGGUCUUACCUCGGGGGGCAAAGAUUCAUGCCAGGGAGACUCUGGAGGUCCAAUGGUCUAUAAAAACGACUCCCUAUGGAUUCAGCCUGGAAUUGUGAGUUUCGGGAGAAGUUGCGCUGAACCCGGCUUUCCUGGUGUGUACACCAGAGUGUCUCAAUACCAGUCUUGGAUCAACUCUUACACAAGCAGCGAUCCGCCUGGAUUUGUCAAAUUUGCUGCAAACGGUGGUUCAUCUAACCUUCACCACUAUCUUCCUCACACAUUAUUCAUCUUCAUACUUUAUCUCGUUUUGUAAAAUGAUAUAAGAAGAGAAUACAGAUGAGGGAUGAGAGUUUGCUAUGUGCACUCCUAUAAAUAAGUAAAGGUCUUAAUCUUGUUGUUUAUUUAUCUUUGUUUAAAACAUAAAAACACUGAGGCACUUUAAAACAUAAUAAUAAGCAAAUUUCAGUUUAUUAAGUUUAACAUUAACACAACAAUUCAUCUACAUAGUUUUUUAAAAUCACAAUCACAGUCUCUUUAUUAACAUAGUCUGUUUAAUGUUUUUUUUAAAUUUAUGUUAUUUUUUAUUUCUGUGAUUUAUGGUGGUCAUUUUAACUGACUGCGAAUUUCAUUUAAACCAUUAAGAGCUCUAGUAGAGAAACACAACACAAGAUCCACUGCAAAUGCACACCAGUCUUGUAUUAACAUUUACUUUUAUUUGUUAAUUACUUUAAACCAAAGAGAUUUAUAGAUGAGAAAGCAUUUAACCAACAAUAAGCAACCAAAUUGCACACUGAAAUAAACAGAAUAAAGCUGUGCUUAAUUGUUACUGAUUACAUUCUAUGAUGUUUUUUUCUGUAUUACUCCUUAAGCACAAUGAUCAUUUAUGUUUUAGGACUGAACAACAUGCAAAAUAAAACCAAAGCAGAUUGCAGUUUAUUUAUUUUUUGUAAGUGUCAAGCCCAUAUAUAGUUACUUUUAAUGUGCUAUGAUAAUUUUCCCCCCUUUAGUCAAUAAGUUGAGGUGAGUUAAGGGGCACAUUUGUUCCUUAACUAAAAUUUAAAUUACCUUAGCAGUUCAUAAAGUGAAGAAAAUACCAUACAUAACUAUAGUUGGUUCAUCCUUAACAGACCUAAGAAAAAAAACAGGUGUUAUAGCAUGGAUAUAAUUAUAUGUAGCUGAAUAACUUACAAAUGUUUCGCUGUCAUGCACAAAAUGACAGAAAUGUAAAAAAAAAUACAAAAUUAGAAAGUGAAGUUAGAGUAGAAUUUAGGAAAGGAUGCCACCUGACGUUAAAGCGGUGGUGCUGCAGGUACGUUUGCCCGCGAAAUUAACCCCUUCAGAAACUGUUUUUCAAGCAACUUCACGUUGCUUCAGUCGUGUUGUUUGUUAUAAUAUGUGAUUUAAUAAUGUAUUGUGAUUAGCUAAAGUGUUUGUAAUUGACGUAUGUGAUGAUGUGUGAAAAGUAUUUUCGGUUGCAUUUUCAGUAGUAAAGAGAACCUUGUGAUUUGAAGGCA